AUGGCCACACAAUCAGCUCUCCUCAUUGGAGAGAUCACCCACGCGCGCAAGGAAUGGGAGAGCAUCUCCUCUCUUUUGACAUUGAAGUACACCGGUCCUUUCAAUGCAGAGAUGCUCGAAGUCCUGCCUAAAACUCUCAAGUACAUCUGUCACAACGGCGCGGGAUACGACAACAUUGACGUCGCCGCCUGCACGGAGAAGAACAUCGCUGUGUCCAGCACCCCGGUCGCUGUCAACGAUGCGACAGCUGACGUGGGCAUUUUCCUGAUGAUCGGCGCUCUGCGUCAGGCUCAUGUGCCUAUCACUGCUCUCCGCGAAGGAAAGUGGCAAGGCCCAAUCACCGCAGGAGGAAAGGAGUACAGAACCACCCUGGGCCAUGACCCCAAGGGCAAGGUCCUCGGAAUUCUGGGCAUGGGAGGCAUCGGACGGGAAAUGGCAAUCCGCGCCAAAGCCUUCGGAAUGAAGAUUCAGUACCACAACCGGACCCGUCUAUCAGCCGACCUCGAAGUCGGCGCGACAUACGUCUCGUUUGACGAGUUGCUCGCCAAUUCCGACGUGCUCAGCUUGAACUUGGGCUUGAACGCAUCCACCCGCCACAUCAUUGGUGCGACCGAGUUCACCAAGAUGAAGGAUGGCGUGGUGAUUGUUAACACGGCGCGUGGUGCGCUAAUUGAUGAGAAGGCGCUGGUCGCGGCACUUGACUCUGGCAAGGUGCGCUCUGCUGGUUUGGAUGUGUAUGAGUGUGAGCCGCAAAUUGAGCCCGGUCUUGUCAGCAACCCUAAUGUUAUGUUGACGCCGCAUAUUGGUACUGGAACUUAUGAGACCCAGAAGGAAAUGGAGAUUCUGGUGUUGGAUAACCUGCGGUUGGCUGUUCAGAAGGGUGAGCUUAUUACACAGGUGCCAGAGCAGAAGAAAUAG